AUGACCUCUAUCGAACAGCACUCUACCCAAUCCGAUGCUCUCAGCACGUCCCCGGGUUCCGAACCCAUUUCCUUUGAGCUCAUCGACGCCCCGGCCGUAGUUGACGUCGAACAGCCCAUCUCCGGCGACAACGUACCGGCCAUGGAUGCUGAUACUCUCGCUCAAGCUCCUUGCAAACCUGCAGGAGAGCUAAUAUCGGCGCCGGGUACUCCAGACAUCCCUUCGGAGACCACUAUUCCCGUCCACACCAUACUGCGCCACCCCUUGAUCGUCCACGCUAUCGCUGCACGGGCCCGCACCUUCUUUCUCGUGAAGGACUUUGCACGCCUUAAGCGAGCCGUCGUACCCCCUUCUGAACCUCCCAAGACACACAUCAAGCUGAAAGCACUGAACUUGCGGGCCGCCGUACAUGUCCUGCUUUCGACCAUAUCGGACGACACGGAAUUUUGUUCACGACUGGCGAGACACCCUGUGCUCGCCGCGCUCGCCGCGCAUCAGGCGUCAGACCCAGGCUCAUUAGCGUUCACGUACAUCCUCAUCAAUAGCGAGGAGGGUGAGGAGUUGGCAAGGAGGGCGGCGGCCAUACAUGCUGCAAGAGUGCGUGAUUGGUUCGCCUUGCGAGCCGUGCAGGCAAUGCCGGUGUAUGAGAGCUUGACUGGCGCUGCGCGUGCCAUCUGGGAGCAAUCUAUGGUCUGGGCGCCGUCUCUCGCGUUGAGCGGAAGUGCGGUCGCGCUCUUCCUAGCGUUGGAUUCAUGA